AUGGCGGCGGAGGCGAAGGCGCCGCUGCUGCAGGAGGCGCGAAGGGGUGCCACGCCGGCGCAGACCAUCGGGAACAUCGUCGUCUCCAUCGUCGGCACCGGGGUGCUCGGCCUGCCCUACGCCUUCCGCACCGCCGGCUGGCUCGCCGGCGCUCUCGGCGUCGCUGGUGCCGGGGCCGCCACCUUCUACUGCAUGCUCCUGCUGAGACAAGAGCAAGAGACGGAGGAGGACGGCGAGCAGCACCGCUGCUGCAACUAUACCUACGGCGACCUAGGCGAGAGGUGCUUCGGCCGGAUCGGCAGGCACUUCACGGAGGCCACCAUCAUCCUGUCGCAGACGGGCGGCACCGUGGCGUACCUCGUGUUCAUCGGCCAGAACGUGUCGUCCGUGUUCGCCACCGAGGACGGACACGGCCCGCUGACGCCGGCCACCGUGGUCCUCGCGCUGCUACUGCCCGUCCAGGCGGCGCUCUCGCUGGUGCGCUCGCUGUCGUCGCUCGGGCAGUUCAGCAUCCUCGCCGACGCGUGCACCGUGCUGGCCGUGGCCACCGUGGUGAAGCAGGACCUCCAGCUCCUGGCCGCGCGCGGCGAGCAGCCGUUCCAGGGCCGGGACGCGGUCGCGGGGCUCUGGGGCGUCGCGUUCGCCGCCGGCUUCUCCGUCUUCUGCUUCGAGGGCUUCUGCAUGACGCUGGCGCUCGAGGCGUCCAUGGCCGACCGCAGCAGGUUCCGCUCCGUGCUCCUCCAGGCCAUCACCGGCGUCACCGCCGUGUACGUGGUGCUGUGCAUCGCGCUGGCGCUGACAUUCCCGGUGAUGAUGCACCCGAUCCACGAGAUCGUGGAGGCGCGGCUGCUGGCGCCGGGCGGGUGGCUGCGAAAGCGCUGCCACGUCGGCGGCGCCAUGGAGCGGGCGGCCCUGCACGCGAGCCGCGUCGCGGUGCUGGUGGCGCUGUCGGCGAUCUCGUGCUUCGUGCCGGCGUUCGGGUCGUUCGCGUCCUUCGUGGGGAGCACGGUGUGCGCGCUGCUCUCCUUCGUGCUGCCCGCGCUGUUCCACCUCCGCGUCGUGGGCCACGCCGCGGGCGCCGCGCAGCGCGCCGUCGACUGGGCCAUCCUCCUCUUCGGCCUCGCGUUCGCCGCGCACGGCCUGUACGACGCCGUCCUGUCGCGGCACUGA